AAAAAGAUAACAUGCCUCUUUCUUUCAGCUUCUCAUGCUCAUCAUCUAUAUGAGUUGGCGUUAUCAGUAGAUCUGGUUUUACUGGAUAGUUUAGUAAAGUGCUUAGAAAGGCAUUAUAAUAAAACAGUCUCUGACCUUCUGUGUCACGUCGUCCCGCUGCACCGGCACCCUGACCUGGUGGGUGCGUGUGCCGACCUGGUGAACUCAGAGUGGCAGCGGAGCCGAGCUGCGCGGAUCCACUCCCUGGAGAAAUCCUGCGAUGGCUUCCCGGUCUGUCUGGUGCUGGUGUCGCGGGCGGAUCAGCUGCUGGGUCACGCCAGGCUGUCUCUGGUGGUGGGGCAGCCGCGCAGCCUCUUCGUGGAGACGGUGGUGGUCUCCCGGGAGCCGAGAGGGAAGGGCUAUGGGCGCAGGAUGAUGGAGGCCACCGAACGCUACGCCAGAUCCAGGGGGUUCUGGAGGCUCUGCCUGACUACACAUGACAAGCAGCACUUCUACGCACACCUGGGCUUCGUCCUCUCAGAGCCCGUCCAGAACGCAGGGUCAAUGACCACCUUCAUGCCCAUGGAGGUGCUCCAAAGGUUCUCCCGACCUCCGGCAACUAGCGGAGAAGGAGAUGAAUCGGGACUGAAUCAAACUUCUUCACCUCCUCCACAGUCCCCCCCUUUAGCACCCAUUGCCCCCUUUUUAAACCCUCCCCUUUCUCCUCAAGCUACUCCGUUAGCCCCGUUCCAGUUAAUGCCUACCCUUUUAGCCCCACCUCCCCCCUCUCCAGCCAAUCAUUUACCUCCUCCCCCUCCACGGCCACCUCCCCCCUCAGGGCUCAAGACUCUUGGCUCCAAGGAUCCCCCUGGACAGACCUUGUUAGAAACACUGUACCGAGAUCUCAAAGGCCAGCCCAUCUACUGGAUGAAGAAGGAGCUGUGAAGAUAGCUUGUUCUGGUUUAGUGUACCAUUGGACAGAAGAACAUUGGUGUCCUACAAACUCUGCUAUACUAGAAUUUUAGUCGCAAUCAACCAACGUUGCAACCAAGAUGCGGUCUCUCUUACAGCCAACAAGCAAAUGUGUUCUAGAUUUUGUUACUGACCUGAGACACACACUGUACAAACCAGCCUUGGACUCUGAUCUCUGCCUUUGCAAGAAUCCUGCCAAGGGUGUUCUCGCUCCCACUGCACCUUCCUCAGUUCUCCUUUAACACAUUGAUGUUUGAUUUUUUUUUGUAUUUUAUAAAAGAUGGGAAAUUGAGAAAUGUUUUUCACUGCCAAAAAUAAACUCUUCAUACUGUAAUAUUAAA